AUGGACAGAGCGGCUCUCGCUGCGUCACCAAACCCUGAGAUCAGGAGUAAGCUCCGGAACCAGGAUCAGCAGCUGGCGUAUGCCAUGGUGAGAAAAGAGGUGUUCACGAACCUUCACAGUUUCACACACUACAUCAAGCACGACCCACUGGAAGACUUUUACCAGCAGGACUUGUUUGAACUGUGCAUGGAGAGGCCGCCUUUGUCGCCCAAUUCUCAAGAGGCCCUGACAUACAACGUAUCCAUCCCUUUCCAAGGGUCAGUCCCCGUCCAUGUCCAGGUGGAUUCUCUGUCUUUGAACAGCCACAAACAUGACCUGUUUGAGAGGUCCAUGGUGCACCCCAGACCGGGUGUACCAUCACAGAUCUCCAGAGACGUACCAGCGAUCGUCCUGCGAACCCCAGAGGUCCGUACCUACAGUGUUUCAGCAGUCUCUGAACACUCUUUCAGGAGUCACAAGUACGACCUGUUCGAGAGGUCCAUGGCGCCUCCCAAAGUGCAGAUGCCGUCCUUCAUCUCUAAAGAAGUCCCGGCGGUUAUCCUGAAGACCCCAGAGGACAUGCGGAGACUCAGUCACAGGUCAGACUUGUCCGAGGGCCAGUCCAUGACUCUAGGCCUGAUCGAGUCUUUGAUGAUCCAAAUGUUCAGGGGAAGAGCUGCUUUACGUCCGUGGGACAAAAAGUAUCAAAGAAUCCGCGACAGUUUGACCCAAAAGGCCUGGGAGGAAAUCCAACUGUCGGAACACCAGGUCAAGAAAACAGAAAAGAGAAUGAGUAAGAUCAUUCAGGCGGUUAUCAAGGACCUCAAGACACAUUAUGGCACGGCAGAGAAUAUUGUAGAAAGAGCUUUGGACAGAAACGACCCCACUUUUGACAAGACGGUUCUGAAGUUCCUACAGUAUCACCUGGAGCAGUUCAGAGGCCUCGGUCAGCCCUUCCCAAUCUGCUGCUGCCCCAUCAUCCAGGGCUAA